CACAUCAGUAAACCAUCUUCACAAGUGCGAAUUCUUUUUUCAGUGACGAUUGGGUUACGGGAUUGUGUUCUUGUGCCAAAGUUUAAAUAUAAAGUUAAACAGUUCAGAGAUGGGCAAAGACUAUUACGCUAUUUUGGAAAUAAAUAACAAUGCCACUGAUUUCGACAUUAAGAAGGCGUACCGGCGGCUCGCGCUGAAGCAUCACCCGCGAAGCAACAGCCACGCACGCGCGCCCGAGCUCUUCACUCUGCUCGCGGAGGCUUUUGAUGUCCUGAGCGACCCACGCAAGAAGGCCACUUACGACAAAUUUGGAGAAGAGGGUUUAAAAGGAGGCAUCCCAUCUGUGUUGGGUGUCAAUGGUGCCUGGACAUCAGGAUAUGUCUACCAUGGAAAUGCAGAUGAAACAUUCAGACAGUUUUUUGGUGGAGAUAAUCCCUUUGCAGAUUUCUACACUGCAGACGGCAAAGAGGUAAACACAGGUUUCAGCAGCCUGCGUGGACAAAAGGAAAAAAUCCAGGAUCCACCAAUAGAGAGAGACCUGCACUUAGCUUUGGAGGACCUUUACUAUGGAUGCACUAAAAAAAUUAAGAUAUCCCGUCGGGUGAUGAAUGAAGAUGGACACACAUCCAGCAUCAGGGACAAAAUAUUAACCUUUAACGUUAAACCAGGAUGGAACGAAGGGACACGCAUCACAUUUCCUAAAGAAGGGGACCAGGGACCGAACAAUAUCCCAGCAGAUAUUGUUUUUGUCAUAAGACAAAAGCGUCACCCACAUUUUGUCCGCCAGAAUGAUGACCUGUGCUACACAGAACAUAUCUCUCUCGAGAAGGCUUUGACUGGGUUCUCAGUGGAAGUUGAGACACUAGAUGGCAGGCUUCUUAACAUACCAAUUAAUGACAUUGUGCACCCAGAGUACACCAAAGUUGUGACCGGGGAGGGAAUGCCCCUUGCCAACAGCCCAUCCAGAAGAGGAGACCUAAUCAUUCGCUUUAUUACACAAUUCCCAGACAAGCUUUCAGCUGAGAAGAAACUUCUUCUAAAACAGGCGCUCUCAAAAUCCAUCAUGACUGCUUAA